AGCGCAGUGCGCGCAGCACGUUCCCAUCUCUGGAGGGGUUCCGCCAGGCCAGGCUGAGAGGGUUCCGCCGGGUCUUCUGCCACGCUGCGCCAGUGUUCUUUAUAAGGGGGAUUGCUAAUAGCGAGACCAGGGAGUAUUCGAGCCUCAGUGUGGAGCCCUGCGAGGGGGAGGAGAUCGUUGUCACACUCUUCUCCAUACCCGCUACUGAGGUGCCUGCAUUCAUGGAACGAGAGCAUGAGUUCCGGUUCCUUCUUGUUCCGCCCAGCAGAUUAUCACCAGUAGCAGCAUCACCAGGCUCAGCAGCAGCAGAAUCAGCAUCAAUAGCACUUGAACCAACACGCGGCGCAGUCAUCUGCAGUCGCUACAGCGAUCGAGAGUACUUUCAAAUCCGUCUCAAAGGCGACACAGAGGAGUAUGAGCGACAGUACGGCCGGUGGGGCGUGGAGAGGGUGUGGGACGACUCAUUGCUGCCAUGCCGCGUGUACCUCCGCCACUGUGUGCUGGCGGCGCAAGGGCUAGGAGAAGAGGCGCUUGCAAGUUUCCUGGACCACACGUUUCUGGCCGACCGUCAGACCACCCUUCGCCAGUACCUGCUUCUGCAUCCAAACAUCAUGUCCGAGCUUCCUCCGCCGAGCUUGGCAGAUAGCUACGCGCAGAACACCCAGUCUGUUUACACCACUCCCAACUCCCUGCCACCGGCCUCUGCCAAUACGACCACUCCUGCCACAGCUGGGCCCGAAACACAAGAGUCCCAGAUACCUGAUCGUUCCAACACGCCGACAACUCCUUCUACCACUCCCACCGUCACCUCUGCUGACUACUGGGUUUACCAAAUCCCCUCCCCGUCUGCCUCCUACGACGCCGACGAUGACUACGUACUAGGUGCCGCAUUUGAUGACAGCGCCGCGCCGGGAGAGGUUGAAGAGGAACCCGCGGCACAGCCGACGAUGCCAAGUACCACCACUGCCGCUGCUUCUCGCCACUCCACUGCCAGAAACUCGCCACGAUGGACCCCUGAGGAGGAGUGCGAGGUGCUGGCGACGUUCAUCGACCUCGACUCGCAGAUCCGCGCACGCACCGGGCAGCAAGGAAGGUCCUGGUACCCCUUGGUCCAGCGGGAUAUCCUUGAGCGCAUCCCGACGUGGCGCCAUGACCAGGGGGCACUCAAGGCGAAGUUUAACCGCCUAAAGGCAGAGUGGCGUCGCAUCAACGACCGUAUCAGGCGAUCUGGGGAGGGACGCGUCACAAACCUGCCGCCAUGGUACCAUCUCAGCGAGCGCCUCUGGGGUGAGCGCCCAAGCACCAUACCCCCUGUCCUUACAGGUACCGGCAUCGCUCCUGCUGGCAUGGCGACGGCGCGUCCAGCUCCUCCGGCCGCCACCAACACCCGCGCCACACCGACGGUGGCUACGCCUCACCCGCCGACUUCAAGCCCUUCGCAGACUGCUGCCGCACGGCGCGUUACUGCUCCCCGCCCUCCCGCUCCCGUCUCGCCAGAUAUCCCAGCCGUCAUACCCACGCCGGACCCCGCCACCAGCCGCAUUACCGAGCCUGCCUCUCCCGGUCUUGAAGCCGGCGCCCUCGCUCCGUCUCGUCCUGCCCACGAGACUCCACUCUCGCCAGACACUAUCGCUCCGAGCAACGGCGGCUCCCCAAACGGCGGCACGGUCCCGUCAGGUUCGACGACGGGUAUCUCUAUCCGCGGUCGGCGCAUCACGUGGGGAGCGCGCCCUUCGUCUGAUGGCGGGGAGGGGUGUUCAAGGAAUGCGUGGUGGCAAUACCCACGGAAGCAAGACGGCCAGAAUGAAGGGAAAAAGAAGAAUGGCGCAUCACGCGGUGUUGGCCGCAAAGCAGUCAAGACAAAGAAAUCGUCAAGCACUGCCGAGUUCGUAGGGGAACUACGAGAGCAUUUUGACAAAAGGCAGGAUGCGAAGUGGGAGGAAUUCAAGUCACUAACCCGGGAGGUGUUUCGCGGGUACGCCGAUGAGCGGCGCAGUAGGAGGCGUAGAUCGCCGCAGUCCACCUCUUCAUCCGAAGACGAGGCGUGA